AUGGCUGAAUCAGUGUUGUGCAAGAAGAAACUAGAGGGCAAGGUGGUCAUAGUAACCGGUGGCGCAAGUGGCAUUGGAGAGACAACCGCACAUCUUUUUGCUAGUCAUGGUGCACGUAUGGUGGUGAUCGCUGAUAUUCAAGAUGAAUUAGCCCAAAGUGUUGUUGAAUCCAUUGGCUUGAACCUUGCUAGCUACAUCCAUUGUGAUGUUACAGAUGAAGAGCAAGUCAAAGCCAUGGUGGAAUGGACGGUCCAAAAUUAUGGGAAACUAGACAUUAUGUUCAGUAAUGCUGGAAUUUUCAGUAGGUCUAAUCAGACCAUUCUUGAUCUGGAUUUUUCAGCCUUUGAUCACCUAUUUGCAACCAAUGUUCGUGGCAUGGCAGCUUGUGUAAAGCAUGCAGCAAAUGCUAUGGUCAAAGGGCACGUUAGGGGAAGCAUUGUGUGCACUGCUAGUGUAGCUGCUAGUUGUGGUGACAAGAAGCACAUUGAUUAUUUCAUGUCAAAGCACGCAGUGCUUGGGCUGGUUCGAUCGGCUAGCCAACAGCUUGGGGAGCAUGGGAUCAGAGUGAACUGUGUAUCACCUUAUGUGGUUGCUACACCAAUGGCAUGCCAUGCUCUUGGGAUGGAUGCUGAGCAAGUGGGAAAACUCUACGAGGACCGGUUAGUAUUUAAAGGGGUUGUAUUGAAAGCAAAACAUGUGGCCGAUGCAGUGUUGUUUCUUGCAUCUGAUGAUUCUGAGUGUGUCACUGGGCAUAACCUAGUGGUGGAUGGUGGUGUCCUAGCUAAAUAAUCAACUUCCAAAACCCAGAGUUUCAUAAGAAAAAAAGAAAGAAUGAAUAAUUUAAGAAGCUUUGAACUCUAUAUAUCUAGAAAACUUGUUUAGGUUUUGGAUUGUGUCCAGUCUAUAUCUAUCGUUUGAUGAUUUCUCUCGAGCAAAUGGAUUGUGCAAUUAGCAAAUAAACGUAAG